CCUGGCGCGAGCUCGUCAAUAAGUAAUGAUGCAUCAGUGGCGUCCCGAGGGGCCUUAGCCUGCACUUUGGAGUGAGGGGGCUGCUAAUAACACACAGCAAAGCGCUCGGCUUCGUCACGGCCCUGGGGGGAGGCCAGAGGCACGCUGGGCUGGGGGGAGAAGCUCGCCUGCGGACCACCGCACAAUCAGCCAUUUGUCUCUGGCCGCCGUCGUCGUGGUGCAGGGUGUGCGGCCGGGGAUGCGCGGGGCGCCCGCUUCAUGCUGUUAGGACGUCUGCAACGGGCUGACCGGCGAGGGGAGGUGCGCCGCCGACGGGGGGGCAGAGUCUUGUGAAGGGACGAUUCGCUCGGAGCUGCGCCAUGGAGCCCAACAGCCCCAAGAAGAUCCAGUUUGCUGUGCCUUUGUUCCAAAGUCAGCUGGACCCCCAGGCGUCGGAACAGAUCAGGAAGCGGAGACCCACCCCGGCCACCCUGGUGAUCAUCGACGAUCAGGCGCCUCCAGAAUCUGCAGAGAAGAGGACAAACAACUCCCAAGGGGAGAUGCAGAGCGCCGAGAUGUCGCCGAAGCAGCGGAAGCAGAGCGUCUUCACGCCCCCCGCCUUGAAAGGGGUGAAGCUCAUGAAAAUGCAAAAUGAAUCGGCGUUCCUGGAGGAAGAGGAGGCCGUCAACAAACCGGACAAGGACUGGUCCCAGUAGACACAUUGUCUUUUUUUUUUUUUUCCUCCAUUGUUAACAUAUAUACGUAUAUAUUUUGCAACAAUUGCAGAAGACGCUGUAAUUGGAAAUCUCUCAGGAGAAAUCCCCGACCUGCUUCAGGACACAGAUGUCCAACUUCAGCGCAGGCUCCGUGACUCAAAGUGAAGGACGGGCAAACUGAAGCGGGACAACCCGGCGCCGUCCCCUCAACUCCCCGUCAGUGACGUCACACCUGCCGUGGCUCAUGGACCGUCCAUGUUGGGAGGCCAAAUGAAAGGUCCAAACGUAUUAGAAAUUCAUAAUCGGAUUGUCCCAAUUUUCCGUGAUGUGUUCAAUGCAAUUUCUUAUCCAGAAAACAAUAUGUCUUUUGUCUUUCUGGCUUGUGUCAGACCCUUGGACCCCAGCAUGUCCUGCUCAGGUGUGGCCUCAGCUUUUCAGUUUUGCUGGGACACUCGAAGGCUGAGCCCUUUGAAGUGACCCGCUGGGUGUGAACGUGUACAUCUCGCUAUUUUGGCGCAGUCGUCAUCAUUAUUAUGAAUCGCAACAAUUACGGUUUAGCACCUCGAACAAAAACUGGAGAAUUACGAAUAUUCGUUUGCUUUUCUGUGUUAAGUAUUUGGUGUUGAUGUUCGGAUCUCUUUUAAUCCUGACCUUUGGGAGUUGCACUGUGUGACAAUAUGGCUCCAUUUUUCAAGGCAUUAUUGGGGUGACAUUUUAUCUUUACCAGUGCUGGUAGCCUAACAGGUCAAACGUCUCUCCCUCGCUUCCUUACAAGAGCUUUACUGGAGGUCCUCUCCUUCCUCAGCUGCUAUUUCAUUUCUUUUUCAAUGACCUUUUCUCUGCCAAGCCCUCUGGCUGCACAAUCAUGCCACUGGCUCUGCCAUCUGCACCCGCAUUCUUAACUCCAUGAGCUGAUCCAAGCUGGGGUCCUUCCUGGCACCUUCAGUGGUCGUGUAUCCAGGCAGAUGACUUUACUUCCUCAUCUUCUUCUCUCUCUCUCGGUCACAAUCUGUGGUUUAGCUCCGCCCAUUUAGACAGCACCUCUCACACAGUCUCUCUCUCAGGCUCCGCCCCUUCUGACACAUCUGCCUUUCUCUGUCUUACAGUUGGAGUCCACCCAAUCUGACACACAGCCCUCUCAGGCUCCGCCCCCUUCUGCCUUAUGGUAUUACAUUUUUAUUAAAUAAAAUAUAAACAUGAAAUUAUGUACAUUUACUUAUUUGCCUGAUGCCUUUAUCUAAGGGGACUUACACCAUUUAAGAUACAAUUAGUUACAUUUUUUUGCUUAUACAGUUGGAGAAGUGACUUGCUCAGGGUCCCACAGUUUCAGUAGCACAACUUCAGAGUUUGAAUUCCAAAGCCUUAACCCUUAAGCCACACUGCCUGAAAAUCAAUGCAUAACAACAACACCCACCACGCAACAAACACUGCCCACCUCACAGCCCCAAGUAGGCUGGCAGGCUCUAACCCUUCUGACACCAUUGCUCUUUUUCUCUCAGGCUCCACCCCUUCUAAAUGCAUUGCACUCUUUCUGUCUCUCUCUCUCUCUCUCAGGCUCCACCCAUUCUCAAUGCAUUGCACUCUCUCUCUUUCUCUCAGGCUCCACCCCUUCUGACACCAUUGCUCUCUCUCUCUCAGGCUCCACCCAUUCUGAUGUCAUUGCUCUCUCUCUCUCUCUCUCUCUCUCUUUUUCUCGGUCUGUUUUCCACAUGCCCUUCUUUUUAGUUAUGACAUUUAUAUUAAGUAAUAUGCAAAUACAAAUUAUAUCAAAACAAACAUGACCAUAAAAGGAUCAAUAUCUAUAGAAACACCCUCCUGCCAUUGACCAAUGCCCGCCUAACUGACCCCAAGUACCAGGCACUAACCUUUCUGACACCUCUCUCUGUCUGUCACUCAGGCCCCACCCCUUCUGAUACACACAUCUCCCUCCCUCUCCUCCCUCUAUCAGGCUCCACCCCUUCAUUGUUUUAUUAUCAGAGUUGUGCUAAAUAAAUAUGCAAAUAUAAAUUAGAGCAAAUCUCUCAAGCUCCAUCCCUUCUGACACACCAUCUCUCUCUCAGCCCCCCCCCCUGAUUAUUUUUUUGUAUCAAUUUUUUAAAAUUAAAUAUGAAAUUAUAAAUUACAACAAAUCUAACCCUUCUGACAUGUCUCUCUCUCUCUCUAACUCUUGAUCACAGGCUCCACCCCUUAUAUUUUGUUAUCAAAUUUUUAUGAAAUGAAUAUGAAAUUACAAAUUACAGCAAAUCAAUCACGACCAUAAACGGAUCAAUACCUAUAAAAUCACCCACCUCAUGAUGCCCAAUGCCCACCCAACAACCCCCAAGCACCAGGCUCCAACCCUUCUGACACAUCUCUCUCUCUCUGUCUGUCACUCAGGCCCCACUCUAUCUGACACACACAUCUGUCCCUUUAUCGCUCCCUCUCUAUAUCAAUUGCCACCCUUUCAUUUUUUGUCAUCAUAUUUGUACUAAAUAACUAAAUACAAAUUAGAGCAAAUCUCUCCCUCCAUCUCUUGCUCUCUUUCUCUUGGGCUCCGCCCCUUCAUUCUUUGUCAUUGAGUCUGGACUAAAUGAAUAUGCAAAUCCAAAUUAGAGGCUGUGGCCCUUCUGACACAGUUCUCUCUCUCUCUCUCACAGGCUCCACCCCCUCUGACACAACCCCUCCUUUUUUAGGCUCCACCCCUGCUGGCCCACCUCUCUGCCAGGUCUGUGUGGCCACUAAAACCCCAGUGCUCAUGGGCCUUGUGCCCUCUUCUUCAUAUUUUGAACUCUUGGCAGCCCUUCAUAGGGUGGCACUCGUCCCUCUUUGUUUUCUUUGGAGUUAAUCAAGAAGUUCUAGGAAGUCUUUUCCAGCUGUGCAGCUUCAGCUUUGAAAAUAAAGUCAAUUCCGUUUCAUCCAAUCAGCUGUAAAUAACCUGUUUUGGAUUAUUAAACAAAUAAAAUGAGUUUCAUGACAAUAAAGGCCUUUCUACAGAAGCAGACUUGCAGUGUUUUCUUCAGCCAGUGGUG